UCUGCUUAAUGCCCAUGUUAUGCAGGACUGCAAAUCCAACAAUUUCAGCUCCUAUUUGAGAGGUUUUAAGCCCAAUAUAACCCUAGAGCGACGAAAAUUCUUCCGAUUUUCACUAACGUUUGCCUCGGUCAAUUCAGAACAAUGGCGACUCUUCCCCGGCGACGCUCACCCAUCGCUGGUUCUUUAUUUAUUUACAAAUUAAUUUUUAUUACCUACAAUAUAUGCCAUCAAUUUACAUACAAAAUACACUGUAUUUUUGGAAAAUAUACAGUAUUUUCUACAGUACCACACCUGUACCUGCCCCUCAACAGCGACUUGUCCCAUAAUCACAGCCAGUGGGGAAAGUGCCAAACCGAAUCACUCCUAACUGUCACUAUCUGGUACCAAUACCACCUACCCCAAAGAAGAAGAAUUCCCAGAAAAAGUGUGUUGUGUGUGCUACCACCAAAAAACGACCCCAACAGCGGAAGGUCACAUGAUUCAUUUGUCACCAGUGUGGGGUGGCACUCUGUAUGAAUCCAUGCUUCAUGGAGUAUCAUACAAUCGUGGAAUUCUAGAAACAUAAGUGGGACAUGUAAAUAUUUGUAUAUAGUUGUAGAUAAUAGAAUGUGAUUGAGCCAGGUGUGCAAAAUCAUCUGUCAGUGUGUACAUGUGUGUUUAUGACAAUAUGAUAAUAUUUUCGUAUAUAAUAUUGGUGUAUAAACAACAAUUGGCAUUGAAAUCAACAGAUUUACUAUAAAACAUAAUUAUCAUAUCAUGAAAACCAAGAAAAUUAAAAAAAAUUGGAAGAAAACGGUAAAUAUGUAGAAUCUGUGCAAGCGGCAGUGCUCCAUGUUGCUAUCAGGUGAUCACCAAGUGCCAACUUCGCGGCCUCAUAUCUCGGAGAGUGCACUGUUGUUAUACAAUGCUCACGUGGCGAAUGAUGCGGGUGUUGAAGCUGCUGUGGUUGCUCAUGUUCCUUGCCUGCGCCCUAGCUGCAUUUAAUCUGCUGUUUGCAUCGUCUCAUGACAGCCAUCUGCAUGAUCACCUUGGUCGGGAAACCCUUGAUUCUAGAGAAUCUCAACAAGUCCUGUCCCCUGAAGAACGUCUCUUAGAAAUACAAAACUGGGUCUUGGCUGGCCAUCAAAAAGGGGUCCUUCCUCAGGUGUUGUCUGUGAAUGAGCAGCUAACACCUGCUGCACCCGUGGUCAAGAAGGAACUUAGUUUUGGGGUGCAUGAGGAAGAAAACUCUGCACGAGAGGUAUUGGAUAUGGAGGCUGCUGAGAAAGAUAAUAAACGAGGUCAUUUUCUGGAUGCUAAUGCCGCAAAUGAGGUGAAUUCAGUUGAGCCUGAGACGAAUGUUAAUAACAGAAACCCUGCAGUAGCUGUGUCUUUACGACAGAAUUUUAAAGAUUAUAAUAAACUUUCUUUGCCAAGUGGUCACAACUGGAGAAAUUUAAGUGAAUAUGAUAUUAAAAAAUUAUCUGUGUUGGGAAGAAGACUUUAUUUAAAUGAGGAGAGUACAGUGAAAGAUAGAACUUUUACAAUCUUGGUUUGGAAAACUGGACCUCAGAUUGAAAAACGUUUACUCAAGGAGUAUGGUAAGCUAAAUAAAGACCCAUUUCGAAAAUGUUCUGCACAAAACUGCAAACUGACUUACGAAGAUGAGGCAGCCAGGACAGCGGAUGCUAUUCUAAUCCACCUGCAUCGCAUCAAGGGACCCAAUACUUUUCCAAACAGGACUAAAAUAAAUCAGCGGUGGAUCUGGUUAACGGAUGAGAGUCCAUAUAAUACUUUUAUGGUAGCUAAAGUGAAGGAUAUGGCAAAAUAUAAUGGCUACUUCAAUUGGUCAAUGAGCUACAGGAUGGAGGACAUCCCAGUACCAUAUGGUCGAACAGUGGAGAUGAAACCAGAAGAGGCUGCCUCAUAUCAUUAUAUUGAUUAUUUUAAACUAAAACCAAAAACUGUAGCAAUAUUAGGAUCAAACUGUGGGAGCCAAAAUAAAAGGUGGGACUACGUGAGAGAACUGAAGAAGUACAUAGAAAUAGACGAAUAUGGAGGCUGCGGUACCUUGAAGUGCCCAGGGCACUUUAUGAAGGAUUGUUUACCUCUUCGUGACUACAAGUUUUAUUUGUCAUUUGAAAAUGGCGAUUGUCGUGAAUAUCUAACAGAGAAGGUAAGCAAAUCAAUUUUCUUUCUUUUAUGCAGUGUAAAGCCAAUAUUUUUUUUAACUUUAAUAUGCAUACUCUUUUUACCCAACAUUUCCACACCAUGGUGUUCCAUUUCAUGAGUCGAUAUAGCCUUA